AUGGAGUUUAGCGAUCCUAAGCAGCUAGCACGUUUGUACGAGGAGUACAACUAUGUGAGAGGUUUUGGCAUCCGACAAGGGAAGAAAAUAAGAAACAAAAAAGGUGAAUUUGUGCAAUUCAUUUAUCUGUGCAGCCGCGAAGGCUUUAGAGAUAAUAAAUGGCUUCAGAUGCAUCAUCUUAAAAGGGAGCAUAAGGUUGUUACUAGGUGCAGGUGUCCAGCUGAGAUGCGGAUAAAACCAAGAGAUAGCACCGAAAAAUGGUAUGUGUCACGUUUUGUGGACAAUCACAACCAUGAUCUUCCACCUACCAAGUUUGUUGAUGAGUACUUGCCUUCACACCUUAAAAUUUCAGAUGUUGACAUAGCCCAUAUGGAUAGCAUGAGACAAAUUGGGAUAUCAAUUCCAAAAAUAUAUAAGUCGAUAGCUGCAUAG